AUGGCCUCUCUGAUGCAGUCGACGACGCAUGGUUUUCUGGCCCCCGCUUGUUAUAAUCUUCCUCAACCGACCACAUACCGACUCUCGUUUCACGCUGCCAUUGUCGACGAAGUAACGGAACAAAUGAAAGUAGCCAUGAAAGCCAAAGACACGGUCAAGCUGGGCACCAUUCGACUUGUUAGAUCUGCAUUUGCGAAUGCGGCCAUCGGCUUGAAAGUCGAUGCUCUAUCGGAUGAUCAAGCCGUUGAUGUGUUGAGAAAAAUGGCCAAGAUGAGAGCGGAAUCAAUCGACAUGUACAACAAGGGGGGUGCUACGGACCGGGCCGAGGCUGAACAGGCUGAGUUGGAUGUUUUAAAUCAAUGGUUGCCCUCCUUGGCUGAUGAAGACCAGACUAGAGAGUGGGUCCUGGAAGCCAUUGAGCAAGCCGGAGACAAUUCCAAUAUUGGUAAAGUGAUGGGAGCCUUGAUGAAAGCGCACAAGGGAGAAGUGGAUGGGUCUUUGGCACAAAAAGUGGUCAAGGAAGAGGUGGCAAAGCUAUAA